AAGUAGGACGAAACCACGAUUGAUAUCUCUUCGAAUACACAUUAUUUAUCAUAUUUAGGAAUUAACCUCGAUUAUAUUGUUGCUCCAUCUGAUAGAAGAACCAUCCACAGUAGUAUUGCUCGUAAUGGAUAUUGACACUCUGUGCAAUCAAAUGAUGGAGGACAUGAUGAAAUCUGCUGUUUUAAAUCAGAGAAAUCUCACAGGCCGUGCUGAAGAUUCCAUACAGAUGCAGGAGGAAAUUCAGGCAUCAAAAGCUUUGGCAGCUGAAUUGUGUGAGGCAAUCCGUUCUGGGUCCAAGUUUGAUUUCGUUAAAACGUUAAAAGAAUCAGCUGCGACCAAUAAAAAGCGUGUAUCUUCCAUUGUAUUUGGACAGGUUAGCAGUGAAGGAAAUACUGUACUUCACAUGGCAGCCAAUCAUGGGAAAGAAGAGAUUUUAGAGCUACUUGCUACGCACGUCCCUCAACUGAUGACAAUGAGAAACAACAAAGGAGAUACAGCUCUUCAUAUUGUUGCUAGAAAUGGGUACAUUUUCUCAAUCAGUAUUCUUGUCAACUGUUACAAGAAGCAUUUUGAGAACAAAUUGAAGAAAGAGAAUGAGGAAGCACUGUGGAGGAUGAGGAAUGAAGAUGGGAACACGGCACUGCAUGAGGCAGUCAUGGCAAAUAGUAGUACUGUUGAAGCGAUGGUAGGGCUCUUGUUUGAAGAAGACAAAAAUGUGGCUUAUUUUCAGAACAAAGAAGGUAAAUCGCCUUUGUAUUUGGCUAUCAAUCAGAAUCGAAAUGAUGAAGUUGCUAGACUUCUGCUGCAAGCUCCAUUCCUGAAUAAGGAGAACCGCCAAGGAUCCUUCCAACUUCCUGCUCCAGCAGAGAAUUCAGGGCUUCCUAACGAUUCUAUAAAGUUGUCGGAGGAAAUUCAAAAGUCAAAAGUCUUGACACCUGCUUUGUGUGAGGCAAUCCACUUUGGGUCCAUAUUUGAUUUCAUUAAAGCGUUAGAAGAAACUGCUGUGACAGAUAAGAAGUAUAUAUCUUCCAUUGUUGGACAAGUUAGCAGUGCAGGAAAUACUGUACUUCACAUUGCAGCCAACCAUAGGAAAGUAGAGAUUUUAGAGCUACUUGCUACGCACGUCGUCCCUCAACUGAUCACAAUGAGAAACAACAAAGGAGAUACAGUUCUUCAUGUUGUUGCCAGAAAUGGGGAAAAAUCCUCACUCAGUAUGAUUCUCAACAGUUACAAGAAGCAUUUUGAGAACAAAUUGAACAACAAGAAUAAUGAAGAAGCAUUGUGGAGGAUGAGGAAUGAGCAUGGGAACACGGCACUGCAUGAGGCAGUGAUGGCAAAUAGUAGUGUUGAAGUGGCAGGGCUCUUGUUUGAAGAAGAUAAAGAUGGGGCACAUUUUCUGAACAAGGAAAGUAAAUCGCCUUUGUAUUUAGCUAUUCAGAAUCGAAAUAAUGGAAUUGCUCAACUUUUGCUGCAAGCUCCAUUCCUGAUUAGGGAGAAGCACCAAGGAUCCUCUCCACUUCAUGCUGCUAUUCUGGCCGAGAAUUCAGGACCAAGGAUAAAACAUUUUUCUCAACCAUCAUCAGCAUCAGGUCGAGCCGCAAUCCCUAAUAAAGCAGGAUGAAGGAUUGCUGCAGUAGAAGAGACAAGAUACGGUUAUCUAUACGUGAUGGAGAGUUGGCUCUCUGAUCAUGUGUCGCCUCCACUUCAUCCAACACUAUUCCGAGAAACAGAACAAGCAGAAGCUGGUGGACCUAGAGAUCAUCUUGGAAGGGAGGAGAAUGUAGCCAAGAUGCCCAAGGCUUGUAAGAUGAAGUAUAUAAGUGAGUAUAACAUUAUAUCUUAGCAAAAAAAUCUUUGAAUUUAUAAUUUCCACUUAGAUACUUCUGCUCCGACCUAACUCUAUUCAAUAUGAAACAAUUUUUUCAUACCAAGUCAAGUCAACUCACAUUUGAUAUCCCAACAAACACAUGUAAAACUUAUUUCUCUUUGUCCGUAGGUACUGUAAAACACCCAAGCUACCCCUCAAGCUUCAUUUUGUCCUUUCAUAUUUAAAUUUAUUUUUGUUGGGGGAAUGAA